CCGGGGUCCGUCCACUUUGUUCCCUCCCGUGUCAUGUCCCCUCGCCGCGCUUCGCGUCGUCGUCGUCGUCGCUCGCUCGCUCUGCCCGUCUCUCAGUGCCCCCCCCCCUCGGGGUCUCGUCUCUCGAGGGCGCUUCGUGUCGCUGUGCCGCGUCCCCCCCUUGGGUAGCCAACACCCCCAGACACCCCCAGACACAACUCAACAUUCGUCCCCCUCCUCCUGUCGUCUUCCCGGCUCCUUGUCCCCCUCCUCCUCCUCCUGUCGUCUUCCCCGUCUCCUCUACCCCUCCCUCCUCUCUCUCGUUCGUGUUCUUCAUCCCGUGUGUGGGUGACCGCUGCCUUGUACCUCUCUCUCCUACCUGUGUUUGUAUCUUGUCUAUCCAGCCACCACGUCGGUGUGUAAUUGUGUAACGUUACUGAUGAUGAUGAGUGUGCUGUUGUACGCGUGUUAAUCCACACGGUGUAGUAUGAAUGGACUAUUCGUGUACCCUGUAAGUGUCUGUCCGAGUUGUUGCGAUGUACACCCCGCACCACUACAUUGUGUACACACGGCAAGUGACAGCUGCGGUCUAUACACAUUGUAGUAGUGGUGGUGGUGGUAGUGGUGGUGGUGGUGCACGUGUGUGUUGUGUGCCUACCAGUGGUGAGGCUGCGUGAUAUGUGUGGAGCCUUCUCGGCGUGCGUCGUGGUGGUGCGCGUCGCCUUCGUCGCCUUCGUCGUCGUCUUUGCCACCGCUCUCCUUCGCGAUGUCCUUUUACCCUUAAAACAACAACCACAACAACAACAACCACAACAACAACAACCAACCCGGCUCUACGGAGGUCCCCCUCCUCGUCAGGCGGGACACGAGAGAAGAAAAGGGUGGUCCAAACCCACAUCAGCAUGGGUGACCGCCUUUAAAUCUCAGUGAUGAGUUGGCUUGCAGCCUGGUGCCACUUCAGUACUCAGACACCUGUCACUUCCCUUGCUGCCCAGCACGUUUCAAAUUUCGGAGAUGGAGUCUGGGGAGAGAAUCCCAGCCCCUACUCCCUCCUCGGUCUCCUCUCCACCAUCCGUCUCCUCCUCCCUCUCCUCUGCGUCCCUGCCUGCAUCGUCAUCCCCAUCAUCGGCAGUGUCCGCAGCAAGCAAGGCGUCUCCCAUCUCCGUGUCAGAUCUCUGCUCCACGUCUAAACCCGGCAAGGUGCCUGGAGGAAGCACCUUCGGUUUCGACGCAGCCACCCUGUUUGCAGCUCAGACAAUGCUGCGGCCGGCCACAUCGGACCAGGCGCCUUUCAGCCUCUUCCCAGGGCUGGGCCCACCUCCGUUUGGCCUGCACACCGUACCGGGCCGUGCUGAGUUCGCCAGGCUUGGUGCACUGGCGGUGGGGCCGGGCCAGCUAGCCAUUGCCACAGAUUUUCAUUUGUGCAUGCCCCUCUCCCUGGCAGCGGCUGAGUGGUUCCGGGCAUCGCACAGGGCCCCUACGGUUGCCACGGUGACGGCCACACGACCGGGCCCAUCGCUGCUCCCGCCCGCGCUGUUCGGCCUCUCCCCGCAGCUCCUGGCCGCGUCUACCUCGGCCAUCGCAUCCCAGCCGCCUGACGGGGCCGGGGCCAGCAAGCACACCAGCGAUGUGGCCCCUGCACCCUCGUUUGCCCCCGCGGCCGCCCCGGCAAAGACGCUGACGGCCCGCGAGCCUUUGGACCCGGCCACGGCAUCGGCCAUGUCACUUUCGCCCAACACGGCCAUCUUUGGGCAGAAUUCGCAGAAAGGAGUCAACGGCUCAGUGAAGGGCGGCUCCGUGGGCCGCGCCAUCCCCUGCACGAGCUCGGGCACAGGGCCGGAGCGGCCGGGCGCCAUCCACGUGCGCGACCGCAAGACGCCCCCGGCGGCGGCCGACGGAGAGCGGAACGACAAGAAGGGCUCCCUCAAUAACGUUAAUGAAAAGGCUUCCCGAGACGCUGAGCCCCACAGCUGCAGUGAGAGUGAGAGCCACUCCGACUCGGCGAGCGGUGGCUCACUCCAGAGCGAGCUGAGCUCCAGCGACUCCGACUCUGACACGGACGAUGCGGAAUCCGACUCUGCUGAGACGCCGCCCCGGGCUGCACGCGUUGAGAAGCAGCAGCCGAAGGAUCUGAAAACGAAACUGGAAAAGGACUCCUCGGAUGGGGGUGGCCGCACCCAGCAUCACUUUCCUCUGCUGCCCCCUCCUCACCUGCAGCCGACGCUCGGCAAGCACCAGCUGCCCCUCCAACUGCCGCAGCUGUACUCCCAGAUGCAGCAGCACGCCAGCGUCAUCCAGGCUCACGGCAGGCCCAUUGUCCAUGCCACACAGCAAACGCAAGCGCCCUCGAUGAGCAAGCAACCCGGCGUCAUCCAGGCCACGGGGCUCGCGAGUGCCAGGGCUUCCCCGGGCACCGUCACGGCUCGACCAAAAGUUGUGGCAAGAUCCCCAGCCUCAUUGGGAGCCCUGGAUCUGGCCAGCGACAAAUCCAACAACCGCCUCUCCCCGCCCAGCAGCGUCACACAAGUGGAGGAUGUUCUGCGAUUGAAAAAGGAGCAGUUCCGGCAAGAUUUUCCCGCAAUGCUCAAGCGGCAGCAGGAAGAGCUGAAAGCAAACCGGAAGUCCACUGCCAGCAUCUCCAGCAAGGCCUUUCCAGUUAGCACAGUCACUACACACCAGAAAAUGGCCCUGGCCUCCCCUCUCACUUCUCAAAAUGUUAUUCUCCCUCUGACUGCGAACAGUAAGCAGCCGGUACCCUCGGCCAAGCAGAAGCUCAACUUCUCCUCUGUGCCCAAUCAGAAGCUCAUGGAACAAAAAGCCAGGGCCAUGACAACUGCAAGCUGCACCUUUGGGUCCGUGGAAAAGUUUCUGUCCCAUGCAAUGACAGCACAGCUGUCAAAUGGCGUGAUAUCAUCUGUCAUACAGCAGUCGCCGCUUGCCCUUGUCAAGACCAAGGCCCUCGUGGCAUCAUCGGCGGCGCUGCCGCUGUCUCUGUCGUCCACGUCAUCAGACUCUCUACCGCAAGAUCUCACGACAACCACCAGAGCCCACAUGGCAGCCAUGGCCGCCGCAACGUCCCUCUCACCUGGCAUAAGCGGUAGCAUCAGCAGCACCAAAACCCACACCACAUCCAGCAGGAUUGUCCACCCUCCAACUUGCGGUUCUGCUAAAGCAGAUUUGUCCGCAAUGACCUUUGCAGCCUUGAAAUCUUCUGGGCUGCUGGGCCAGGUAGGGCCACUGUCAUCACCCAGCCCCAGCACCAGCCUCUGCGCCGAUGGCAAGGGGAAAUUCACGAUGGGCUUGUCAGCUACCCAGAGAAGUGGCCGAGCAAAGCAGCCGCAUGGGACGGAUAAAGGCAAGCAUGGGACGAUGGCGCAGACCCUGGUGGCGAAGUUUCGUGGUGUUGAGGCACUAAACCCAAGCAGCGAUGACUCGGAUGACUCUGAUGAUGAUGAUGAUGACGAUUUGGACAAUGAGGAUGAAGACGAUGAUGAUGGGGAGGAGAGCCAGUCAGAUUCCGACUUGGAGACGGACAGUGAAGGCAGCGACACGGAGGGCAAGGGUGCCAUGGACGACACAGAGACAGACACCGAGGGAGAGAGGACCCCGCACAACCUUAGCCGCUCCGCGUCUGGCCUCACGCCCACCACCUCUGCCGCGUUGCCGUCCUCCUCCUCGUCGGUGUUAGGAGCCACGGGGUCCUCCCCGCUGGCUGCCACGUCCCUGGGCUUCCAUGGAUACGCCGUUGUCGCCAGGACGCCGAGCUCAGCGUCUGCAGCUCUGCUGGCUGGACUAUCGUCGCCCGGCACCCCGCACAACGCCUUCACCAUGGUCACUCCCGAGAGCAUGGCCAAGAGGAGGAGGACAGCAGAUGAGAGGGAGCUGAGGGUCCCCUUGGACCAUGGGUGGCGGAGAGAAACUCGCAUCCAAACCAUCGGGGACAGACUUCACGGAGAGGUCCUCUACUACACUCCUUGUGGGAGGAAACUGCGCCAGUACCCAGAGGUCAACAAGUUCCUCACACGUAACAGGAUCACAGACAUCAACCGCCAGAGCUUCAGCUUCAGUGCCAAAAUGCGAGUCGGGGAUUUUUACGAAGCCAGGGAAGGCCCCCAGGGAAUGCAGUGGUGCCUUCUGGGAGACGCGGAGAUUGCGAUGCGGAUCAAGGCGAUGGAGGGGCGGCGAGGGCGUCCGCCCAACCCUGAGAGGCAGCGGAGACGCGGGGAGCACAGCCAGGACUCGCCGCAGGGCGCAGGCUUGGGUCUGGCUCCAGGCCUCUCAUCGGGCACAGGACGUCCGCGGCGACGCAAGGGGCGGCCGCCCAACGUGGAGCGAGCGGAGUACGCGCGCCGAGCCGAGUCCCUCAAGCUGCUCAAGCGACUGGAGGCCCAGGCUAUUGCGCGACAAGCGGCUGAGAUGAAGCUGAUGCAGAAGCUGGAGAAGCAGGCCAGGCUUCAGGCUGCCAAGCACGCUCGGCGGCAGCAGGCCAUGCAAGCAGCAGAAGUGAAGAGAAAGCAGAAGGAGCAGAUGAAAAUGCUUAAGCAGCAGGAGAAGAUGCAGAAAAUUGAGCAGCAGCGGCUAGAGAAGGAGAUGCGUGCGCAGCAGAUUUUGGAGGCCAAGCGUCGCCGGAGGGAGGAGGCAGCCAAUGCCAAAGUGAUGGAGGCAGAGCGGCGAGCGCAGGAGAAGGAAAUGAGAAGGCAACAUGCCGUGCUGCUGAAACACCAGGAGAUGGAGAGGCAUAGGCUAGAUAUGGAGAGGGAACGAAGGAGGCAGGAGCUGCUGUUGUUCAAGGCUCUUGAGGCUCAAAAGAAGGCUGAGGAGAGGGAGCGCCUGAAGCAGGAGAAGGUGCAGGAGAAGCAACUGAACAAGGAGCGCAAGAUGGAGAUGAGGCGGCUGGAGAUGCAAAUCGCCAUGGAGCUCAAGAAGCCCAAUGAGGACAUGUGCCUCUCGGAGCAGAAGCCCAUGCCGGAUCUUCCUCGGAUGCCGGGCCUCGUGUUGCCUGGCUCGGCAUUUGCCGACUGCCUCAUGGUGGUGGAGUUCCUGCGCAGCUUCGGCAAGGUGCUGGGCCUAGACGUGGUGCGCGAGGUGCCGAGCAUCGCCGCACUGCAGGAGGGCCUCCUGAACCGCGGCGACACGGCCACGAGCGAGCUGCUCGACCUCACAAUGCGCCUCCUGCGUGCCGUGCUGCGUGACCCGGGGCUGCCCCAUGCCUUCAAGGAUGCAACGGUGUUGGGCUGCCGCCUCCGUGACAUGGAACUAACGCGGGAGACCUUGUCUGAGGUUCUGCGGAUUUUCCUGGAGGCGCGAAGCUUCUCGGCAGCGUUGGUGUCCAGCUUCCGCACCAAGGCGUUCCUGGCGCACACGCCGAGCCAGAAGGCAUCCGUACUAGCCUUCCUGUGCGACGAGCUGCUAUGCAGCCGCACCGUCACCUCAGAAAUUGACAAAAACAUCGAUCACAUCUCCAGCUUGAGGAGGGACAAGUGGAUUGUCGAAGGCAAGCUGCGAACGCUCCGGAGCAAACACUCGCGCCGAGGUGGCCGGCGCUACAGCUGCGUCGCCAACGUGGAGGAGGGUGAGGAGCGUCGGGGCUCCGGAGCUGGCGCUGCCGCCACUGGGCGCAAGCGCAAGCGGAGGUCGGGGACGCCGUCCGGGGGAGUGGCCGGAGAGAGCGAUGAUGAAGACGAUGAGGACGAUGACGACAGCGACCCAGAGCAGGACGAGGAGGAUGAGGAGGACCGUGAGGAGCGGGAGGAGCGUGGCAAGCGGCGGCGCAACGAGCACGCCACGGACGAGGAAGAAAAAGAGAUGGCGGCCAGCUCAAAUGAGUUCCAGAAGCAGAUGGAGAAGUUGAAUAAGCAACAGAACCUGUACCGGCGCAAGCUCUUCGAGGCGUCGCACAGCCUGCGCGCGCUCACCUUCGGCCAGGACCGCUACAGGCGCCGAUAUUGGGUGCUGCCGCACUGCGGGGGGCUUUUUGUGGAGGCCAUGGAGAGCGCCGAGGGCCCGGAGGAGAUGAGGAAGGAGGAGGAGAGGGAGCUUGCUGAGAAGGAGAGGGGCGAGGAGCCUGAGAUGAAGGAAGAAUUUCAAUAUUCAUCCACCAGCGAAGAGAGCCAAGAGCCUCCCAAAUCACCUGCGGAAGAUGUGCAGGCGGAAAAUGAAACGACUGGAAUGAGUGAGGAUGCUGAGGAGGAGCAUGCUGAGGAGCAGAAAGAAGCGAAGGAGGAGCAGGAGAGGAAUUGCCCUCCACCAACGAACUCUUUUUCGGUUGUCUCGCUGGUAUCAACCCACAAGCCAAUGGUGAUUGUGGACAGCAGGCCGGCAGAGCAGCAGGAAGAGUGGAAGCUGCAUGGGGGCAGUGGUGGGGGUGGCAGCGGAAACCUCUUCCUGCAGAAACCGGGCUCCUUGUCCAAGUUCAGCGAGCUCCUUGAAGUGGCCAAGAUGGCGCCCGAGAUGGACACAGUUUCCAGUGGCCAGGCGUCUGCAAAUGGCGUCAACUUGGCCGAUUCCUCCUCCUCGUCUUCGGCCAACAAUAGCCCUGCCCACAGCAGGCUGAGCUCUCCGACGCCAUCCACGACCACCUCGCAGCAGGGCCUCAAGAUGGAGCCCAUGCUCAGCUUCUCCGACUUUAGCACGGGAGUCCUGUUUUCGGCCGAUCAGCUGCUCAAAGAGCUCUCCGAGAAAGCCAAGGCCGGGGGGCGCUUUUGCAGCUCGGGCAGAGGCGCGUCCGGCAGUGAGGAGACGUCGGCCACCGAGGGUGCAUCUCGGUCAUCGCCGGUGACGACGCAGAGCGGUCAGAUGUUGAGCAUGGCCUCGUUGCACAGUGGCCUGGCUCUCAACCCCUUUCAGCUGCCGGCCUCCUCCACGUUGGCAGCCUUGCAACUCAAGUCCGGGCUGCCCCUGCUGGGCCUGCCCCUGAGUGGGUGGCCUCCAACAAGCCUUCUGGGUGCCAGCCUGCCCUUCCCCAGCUCCCUGUUGGGCCUGGGCUUCAGCUUGCCACCCAGCUCGACCGCUCAGCCCAUGCUACUGAACCCCGGUCUGACGCUGGCCGAGAGCCAGGCGAGGUCAGGAGGCAGCCACGGUCUCCAGGCGAGCCAGGGCGGCUCGGGCUCGGCCCCCAGUGCGGAGGACAGCGCCCAGGCCGGCACCUCCACGACGCCGCAGCCGGAGGUGCAGAAUCAGAACGAUUACCCCACGCCCAAGCCUAUACCCCAAGAUCUGCGGCACGGCUGGUGGCGCGUAACCGACACGGAUACCAUCCACUCCGUGCUGAAGGCGCUGCACCCUCGAGGCAUCCGGGAGAAAGCGCUUCAGAAGCAGCUGCAGAAGCACCUCGACUACACCUGCCAGGCCUGCGCCAGACACCGGGACAUGUUACCAGUGGCAAAAGGGGACAAGGGGGAGAAGGCAGAGUGUGUGUUGCGUCGGGAGGUGGCCAGCUGGUCAGUGGAAGAGCAGGCGUUCCAGGCCGACCUGGCGGUGUUGCGGCUGGUGGAGGAACUGGAGGAGAGAGUGGCUUCUGCGAGCAUGCAGGUCAAGGGCUGGCGCUGCCCGGAAAGAGCAUCAGAGAGGAAGAACCUCGUUUAUCACAACCGUGAGCCUUUGCCCUUGGCCUGGUGCAGCAGCGAGUCGAGGGGCAAGGGGGGCAAGGCUACGAAAAGCCAAGGAGAGAAGGCUAAGCGGGACCCCGGGGUCCGGCUGAAGGUCGAGGACAUGGAAGACGGGGACGAGAUCAGAAGCGACGGGCCGCCGGUUGACAUCAAAGUUAUCGACGAUUAUGAGAGCAAAAGCUGCCCUACGGGGGACAUCAUUGAUUGUGAAGCCAUGGAGAUGAAAAGCAUCAUUAGGGGCGAGGCAGGAAGCGAGAAGGAAGAAAGCAAAAGUGGCACCGCAGUGGCCGAAGGGAAGCAUGAAAAACUUGAGCGAAAGGGCAGCUCAUCGUGCGAAGCGGUGGCGUCGCGAGCGGCCGAGGAAGUGGAAAGGUGCCCAAUCCGCCGUUCGGACGAUAACCCCCUGGACCUGGCCGCUGUGCGUCUUGCUGCUCUGGAGCGCAACAUCGAGCGGAGAUACCUGCGCAGCCCACUCAGCACCACCAUCCAGAUCCAGCUAGACAAUGUGGGAACUGUCACCGUCCCGGCACCAGCUCCAUGCGAAAGCACCCAGUGGGAUGGGGGGGAGGAGGAGAUCGCCCCUGGCCUGCGGGAUUGGAGAAGGGCCCUGCUGUGCGCUCAGAACGCCUCGCAGGUGGCGCUGUGCCUGCAGCAGCUGGAGAAGGCCAUCGCCUGGGAGAAAUCCAUCAUGAAAGUGUUUUGCCAGAUGUGUCGCAAGGGCGAUAACGAGGAGCUUCUUCUGCUGUGUGAUGGCUGUGACCGUGGCUGCCACACAUACUGCCACAAGCCAAAGCUUCCUGCCAUCCCCGAUGGAGAUUGGUACUGCCCAGCCUGUAUAUCCAAGGUAACGGGCAGCCGCGCGGCACCUCCAUCUUCCACUACCGUCACAUCCUUCUCCUGCUCCUCCGCCCCAUCGCCCGACAAGCUGCAUGCCGCAUCAGCUCCAUCCCCCGCUCUUGCUGCCGCCGCCACCACCACCACCCCCGGCGCUACCACCGCUGCUUGGGUUCACCACAUUCCUGCCAGUGGGCAGUCUCCCAAAGCAGGAAAGACAAAAUCACCACGUGGUCGCAAGAACAAUAGCGAGGGCGGCUCCGCAGCAAAGAAAAGCUGCGGGCGCAGUGCCAAGUCAUCCUCCGUGCUUUCGCCUCCACUGCCACCACCUCCUCCCCCUCUUCCACCUCCUUCUCUGCAACCUCCUCCUCUGCAAUCACCACCUCUGCAAUCACCACCUCUGCAACCUCCUCCUCCUCUGCAACCUCCUCCUCCUCUGCAACCUCCUCCUCCUCUUCAACUUCCUCCUCCUCUGCAACCUCCUCUGCAACCUCCUGCUCCUCUGCAACCUCCUCCUCUUCAACCUCCUCCUCUUCAACCUCCUCCUCCUCUUCAACCUCCUCUGCAACCUCCUGCUCCUCUGCAACCUCCUCCUCCUCUGCAACCUCCUCUGCAACCUCCUCUGCAACCUCCUCCUCCUCUGCAACCUCCUCCUCUGCAACCUCCUCCCCCUCCUCUGCAACCUCCACCUCCUCUGCAACCUCCUCCUCCUCUGCAACCUCCUGCUCAUCUGCAACCUCCUCCACCUCUGCAACCUCCUCCACCUCUGCAACCUCCUCCUACUCUUCCUCCUCCACCACCAUUGACUCUUUCCAUCCCCACCGCCACCUCGUCGGUCUCCUCUUCCCCAUCCGGGAGUACUGCCACGCCGGCCACCACGGACACAGAGGGGGACAGCCCCCGCAAAGGUGGCAGGGAAAUGCGCAAGCGCCGCUUCCGUGAUGACGACCUGGAGGCUGCCCUGCUGCUCUCACUGCGGGAGAGCAUGCAGGUGUCGGGAGGCGAGGGGUCCUCACCAUUCCAAUCCCCGGCACAAUCGCCACCUCCCAGCAAAAAAGCACGGAACAAGGAGGCGAGUUUGGACCUCACGCCGUGCAGGACGAUCAUGUCUGAGCUGGAGUCCCACCAUGAUGCAUGGCCAUUCCUCCUGCCCGUCAACAGCAAGAUGGUGCCAGGAUAUCGCACCGUUAUCCGGAGGCCGAUGGACUUCUCCACCAUGCGCAACAAACUAGAGAGUGGGCACUACGCCACUCGCGAAGCGUUCAUGGCCGAUGUGCGUCUCGUGUUCAAGAACUGUGAGCGCUUCAACGAGGACGAGUCUGACGUGGGGCGUGCCGGCCACGGCAUGCGGUGCUUCUUCGAGAGCCGUUGGGUGGAGCUGACUGGUGGGACCUGAACAGGGCUCCAAACUGCCGCCAACCCUCAGCCCUUCUUGGGCAGGGAAUACACAACAAGCCUUACUUAGGGGAGACAAACACAUGCUCAUUUGAGGCAUUUUAACACAAGGUAUCAUGACCAAACUUGUGUUCAUUUCUGUUUCGGUUAGACAUUUCACCACAAAACCAUAAUCAUGUAUGUGCCCCCUUGUGCUGUGUUGUUCUUAUGCCUGUAAUAGUACACACUGCUUUAAAAGGUGCAUAUUGGCGAGUGACUGCUCUGAUUUCAGUGAGGCUGCCCAAUAGGGCCUCAAUAACUCACCAGCUGACCCAGAUUGUGAAACACUGUAAUAAAUGAUGCUGACUUGGCAUGCAGGAUGUGAAACUAUGAUGCAUUAUCCAAAAAAGCAUUAGAGCAACGGAACCAGAUCUAUUUUGGAUUUCAAAGGCAUCAAAUAAAGUCCAAAUAUAGUCAGUGAAUUUUAGGCCAGAGUUAAUGAAGCUGUAGGAGACAGAAUGUCGUUAUUUGAUAUGUUUCAUUUCAAAUAAGCAGCAUGAUGUUGUUUACAUGCAGACCAAAUUAUAGUUUGGUAUUUUUGCAGCAGAUGUGUAAAGUGACUCACAUUGACUUGUGUAUAAAACACAGGUUAAUGGCAUGAUAGCACUAAAUAGUAAUUAUUAUAUUAUUCAGUGACCGCGUAUAACUCACUGAAGAUGAAACUUGUAUGAUUCUUAGGAUUAUUUUUUAUUUAAUUACAUACUGGCACACUCUCACACACACGUUUAUAUGAAAGAACUAAACAAAUAUCACUUGUCAUUUACAAUCUAGUGACAGUUUAACAUUCACAAGUUACAAACUGUGUGAGGAAUUCCCAGGUGUGUGUGUCAAAGUAUGAACCCCUUGCCGGGCACUCUACCGCAUACUGUAUUAAAGUCGGAUCAGGUUUCCAGAACCAGGACUGGAAAAUAAAAGCGACGCAUUCGAGCGAAUGUUGUAAAGGAACCAUUUGCACCGUACUGCUGCGCGGUGAGGAUUUUCUUCUUGGUGAUGCUGACAUGUUUACUGUAGUCUCAAGCCGCGUCGAUGUGAUAUGCAGCAGGGCAUUAAUCGGGUAGGGAGGAAGCACGAUGUCCUGCCUGCCCACCACUCCACUAUACACUUUGUGUUGUUCAGAAUGGGCCCAGGACUGAAAGUGCUCCCUUACUACCACCGGUAAAAGAAUUCGUGUCCGUUACCCGUUUCCAUGGUGGAGGAUGUAUUUUCCUUUGGCAACUAUAGCAGCAGAGUCCUUGUUCCUCUAAUCAUGUAUGCUGUGGUCUGAUGGUCACAAAGCCCUGUGGUUGUGUAAAGCAGGUUAACGUCACACACAUAGGUUAUGAAACUACCGUUUUCUUAUGUAUUGAAUGUCUGUAGAGGUUUACAGCGAUGUAAAUUAAUUUUUUUAUUAUUUGUUGUGUUUGUAUUUAUCACUAAGCGUUUGACGGGUCGUUUUUUUCGUAGAAUGCAUCGGUUUGUUGAGUAAAAAAAUAAUAAUGUAAGUUUAUUUGUUUACAAGAUGCUACUCCGCGGAACAAGAGUGCUCACUGGGCUUGGACAGGGGGCUGCUGCUCCCUUGCCUGCCCCAUGGUCAGAGGGAAGAGCAUGCAGAUGCCUCUGAAAAUCAUGCUAAUCCUAUAUGUACAUAUACAAAGUAUUGGUGCGGUUAGAAGAAACUUUGUAAAUAUCCUUCGCACAACACACUAAGUAAAUGGUAUUAUUAGUAUUGCCUUAGAAGCCGAGUCUCUAUUGUCACGAUGAUUGUAGUCGAUUGAGUACAAGGCACUGUAUAUACCUUGUUCAAAUACAUGUAGAUACUGUAUGUCCAAUGUCGGAUGUUUUGCAUAAUGUACUGUAUUUUGGGUGUUGGGGGGGGCAAGUGGGAAAUGGAGUGGAAAUGAGUCUUUGACUUUUAAGUUUCAUCUUGUUAAAAAUGUGAAAUUUGAAUUCAUUGCGUUGUUGGUUUUUAUGAUUUCAAGUUUUGUUGGUGUAAAUGUUUAGCUGCCCACUUUGCUCUCUUGGGUCUGUGUUCUGGAGGCUCCUGGUGGGCUGUGCCAGCUUCUUCUUGGUGCUGCUCCAUGACCCCACGUGUGUCACGUCACACCUGUCCCCGGCUGCCCGUCUGGCUAUUGCCCCAGUUUUGUCCUCUACAACCCAGAGAUCCCUCAUGCCACUAUGGGAGUGCCCAACAUUGUAAUGCCAUGCGUCUUUUUGGGGACAAAAGUGACAUACUGUAUUUAAAAAAUAUAGUAGCUGUCUUUUGAUUUUUAGGGGUAUAUUUUACAUGGCUAUGUGUGCUAUGGAUAAUAAAAGCUUUUUUUUCUGUAUGCAACAAAG